ACUGCUAACUUCUACCAGCUGCUCGACGUUCAGCUGCUCCUGCCUGUUUCCACAGCAGCUGCUCGUGGCUUUAGCUUAACAUUUAGCCUCAGAGCAAACCACUAGAAGUUGCUGAACUUUCUCCCGCGUGUUCGUUGAUGAUGGCCAAUGACUCUGUGAAACUCUCCAAAAACCUCCUGCGCAUGAAGUUCAUGCAGAGAGGUCUGGAUGCUGAGACCAAGAAGCAGCUGGAGGAAGACGAGAAGAGGAUAAUAAGUGAUGAGCACUGGUACCUGGACCUGCCUGAACUGAAAACUAAAGAGAACCUGAUCAUAGAGGAGAGGAGUUUCGUUCCCUGUGAAGAUCUGAACUACGGUCGCAUGUCGUUCAAGGGUUUUAAUCCAGAGGUGGAGAAACUGAUGGCUCUCCUGAAUCCAAAAGAGGAAGAGGAGAACGAGGAAGAGGAGGAGAUGAGCAGGAUGCAGACCGACAUCACCGAUGAAGAAAUGGCUCUGAGGUACGAGAGUUUAGUUGGAAGCAUGAAGAAGAAGUUUGUGAAGAAGCGCGACAGAGUGGCGCUGGAAGAAGACCUGAACCAGAACGUGGAAGAAACAAACACAAAGAGAGUUUUUCUGAAACCUCAGGACUGAACUGAGACGCUCAUGAACUUUGUAAAAUAUGUGUUUUUAUGUGAAUGAUUUUUUUUUUACGUCUGUGCAGCAGAGACUGUUCAGAUGAUCAGAGACUGAGCAGCAGUUUAAGUCUGAGUGGAUGUUAUACAUCCUGUUUUUAAAAGAGACGCUGUGAGUUUAACAGUGUGUUACAGUCUGUCAUUAAACACACAGCUCAGAGUGUC